CUUAGUGAGCAAGAAAAAACACUAGCCAAAAACGCAAUUAAUUCUUUAACUUUUUUUUAAAAAAUAAAUUUUGAAUUUAAAUUGUGUGGUGCGUGAGUAAAAUGGUACUCGGGUACAUUUUUUGGGCGAAGAGGGGUACAUAUUCUGGAGUAUAUUCCUGCCAGAUUCUUGCGAACUGCGAAGAGUGGUUUUGUUCCAAGAACUCGAAUGGAUUCCCAUCCCCCACAUUCCACCGGUCCGGGGACGCAUCACCUUAAUCGUCCCCCAACGGCCUCAUCUGCUUCUCCGCCGGGUAUUGAACCGCCUUUGCAGCGCGACACUCUCCUCCCACCGCCGCCGGCGUCUUCUUCCGGGCAGAUCCGUUUUCAAGAACUGCGACCGCAAGCUUCCAGAUGGUUCGGAAUUCAAGAACCGCCUCAGCAGGGUGGGGGCCCUUCCCCGGCGGCAUCUGCUCCGCGGCCGCUCGAACUACUGCCCUCGCCAUAUUCCAGAAAUGCUUCUGCUUCCAUAUCCUUCAGAAUUCAAGAAUCGCCUCUGCGUGGCGGGGGGCCUUCGCCGGCGGCCUCUACUUCCCGGCUCGAGCGUGGCCCUUCGCCGGCGGCGUCUACUUUCCGGCUCGAACAGCCCCUGCAGCGUGAAAGUAUCCAGCUGUUGGUUCCCCGUCGAUCAGAGCCUGGCACCACAUAUCAUCCGUAUCUCCCGGGUGGACAGCCCGCACGGCCGCCUCCUCGACAUCCAGCACCACAACCUCCUCAACAACCGGCACCACGGCGGUCUUCUCGACAGGCCCCACCACCGCCUCCUCCUAGUGGUGGUGGAGAGGCACGUGAUCAUCCGCCACAGCUGUACUACGUAAAAAUUGAUGAUGGCUGUGACUUCGUGGAAAUCAUGAACGCGUUUCUUCAUCGGGUAGCUUGGAAUGCCCAGAGUGCUGCUUUGAUCCUGAAUGGCAAUGGUGCCAUCCAAGACCCUUCUUUAAAGUCAAUUGGUAGAACUGUGUCUCACCACCACCAAGGUCUUUACCAAAUCACUUCAUGUGAGGGCUGCGUUUGUUUCCCAGAAGAUGGCAGGGGGGAGGCUACAUGUGAAAUUUCACUGAAUUUGGUGAGCUCGAAUGGUGAUCACAUAAUCGGCGGUAUAGCAAACAGGGGCUGCAUAAUUGCAGGUGGCAUGUGGUUGUUCCUUUGGGUGUUUGAUCAGGGCCAUGUUCCUCAUUUACGAUUCCCUCCCCAAGAGAUGGAUCUAUUUGGAAGCUAGCUAGCUUUUUAGUGUGUUUGGUGUUGGAGGUCAGGAAUAUGCCAAAAAUGCAGACUUUUCUGGAGCCCCCCGUUUUGGAGUCUUUGAUUCUUAGAGUUGGCUAGCAGGGAAGUCUCUUAUCACCUUUAUCCUCGUUCAUCCUUGUUCACAGCUCUUCGCAGUGAGAAGUCUCUUAUCACCUUUGAAUGCAAAAUUUGUACGUGUUCUCAUGGAGUUGAAAUACUAGAGAGAAAUCUCUGGAUAAUGGGGAGCUGUCACUAAACUCGUGUAUAUACUUCCCUUUUGUUGUUGUUGUUGGGUUGUGACUUGAGCUCCAUAUAUGGAAUAUGAUCUCUUGGUCUAACCAAUGUAUGAACCUUUAAGAAAGGUAGUAACAAUUC